UGAUAAUUAUGUGGAUAUUUUUCUUCCUAGUUAAACGAGUAGAAUGGUGAAGGAGAAGGCAUACUAUGAUACCCUUGGGGUGAAACCCAAUGCCAUGACAGAAGAGAUCAAGAAUUCUUACCAGAGAUUGGCAGUGAAAUAUCACCCGGAUAAGAAACCCAAUGAAGGAGAAAAGUUUAAGCUAAUAUCUCAAGCAUAUGAGGUGCUAUCAGAUCCAAAAAAAAGGGACCUCUAUGAUCGGGGUGGAGAACAGGCCAUUAAAGAAGGAGGAAUGGGCGAAGGAAACUUCUCUUCCCCUACAGACAUCUUUGACAAGUUCUUUGGUGUAGGUAGCUGCAUGAACAAAGAGAAGAGAGGUAAAGAUAAAUUUCAUCAGUUGUCUGUAUCCUUAAAUGAUCUGUACAAUGGCACUAGCAGGAAAAUAACUCAGCAUAAGUAUGUAAUCUGUAAAAAGUGUGAGGGUCGUGGUGGUAAGAAAGGAAUAGUAGAGAAGUGUACAUGGUGUAAGGGCUGUGGUGUUCUAGUCCUUGUACAUCAAAUAAUACCUGGUAUUGAGGAGCAGAGAGAGUCCAUAUGCUUUAACUGCGGUGGAGAGGGUAAACAGAUUAACGUGAAAGACCGCUGCAAAAAGUGCUCUGGAAACAAGGUUAUCCAUGAUAAUCAGAUUCUUGAGGUACAUGUUAAUAAAGGCAUGAAACAUGGGCAGAAAUUUGUAUUCACUGGAGAAGGUGAUCAAAAACCAGGGGUGGAGCCCGGAGAUGUGGUGCUUGUUUUAAACCAAAAAGAAUAUGCUACCUAUCAAAGGCAAGAUGAUAACCUGAUGAUGAAAAUGGAAAUUAAAUUAGUAGAGGCUUUGUGUGGCUUUAAAAAGCCUAUUGAGACAAUGGAUGGCCGAGUUCUCCUGAUCACCUCUUAUCCAGGUGAAGUGAUAAAGCAUGGCCAUUUAAAGAACAUUCUGAAUGAAGGCAUGCCCUUGCAGAGGGACCCAACUGAAAAGGGCCUCCUAAUAAUCCAGUUUAUAGUAAGUGCCAUGUUAUCUGUUUCCCCCCAAUAA